AUGCUUACUCCCCCCUCCGUGAGUGAAUAAAACCAUUAGAAAAAUCCCUAUUUUUUGCCCCAAAACCCACCCUCCGUGAGUGAACAAAAAUUUUUUUUAAUAGAAAAAAUUUUUAUUGAAAAAAAUUUAAUAUACAAAUGAUAAUUAGUAUAAUGAAAUCUAGAGCUAAUUCUGUUUAAUUUUAAAACGAAUUGCUUUUUAAAAACAUAAAUUUUAUAAAUUAAAUUAAUAUUUGCUUUCCAAUUUUUGUGAAUUAGGAUUUUUUUUAAAUUUCGAAAACAAAUAUUUUUUAUAAAAUUUAUAUAUAAAUUGUUUUAAAAAAAAAAAUUAACCCCCCUCUGUGAGUGAACAAAAUUUUUUUGUUCACUCACGGAGGGGGGGGGAGUUAAAGACAUUACAAACCUCCUAAAACCUAGAGUCAAGAAACCUAUCGAUGGGACAAAAUACAAGACAGAAUCCUGCAGAAAUUGGGUUGAGUUAGGAUUUUGCCACUAUGGAGACAGAUGCAAUUUUGCACAUGGCAAACGCGAGCUUAUGGACAAAGUCCCAGCUAAUGACAAGUACAAGUCUAAAAAAUGCAACCCAUUUCACACUAAAGGAUUUUGCACUUAUGGGCAUAGGUGCUUAUUUCUGCAUGAAAUAAGGACUUUGGAAGAACUUCCUAGAUGCUAUAGCAGGUUUAUAAUGCUCCAAAUGUCUCAGGAUCAAAAUUCUAACUUGCUGCUGUAAAUUAUUUUUUAUAUUUUUUUUUAUUAUUUAUUUUUUUUGAAAAAAUAAUUAUAGCAGGGUUAAAAGACUCCCAGUCUUUAAAAGAUUCGUUGAGGACGAAGAGGAAAUGGCGGAAAGAAUUGCUAAAGACACUGAGAGAUAUUUAGAAAGAAUUGUUGCAGGAGAACUUGAAAUUCAAUGGAAUCCUGAGAGUAACUGUGAAAAUGAUAAGAUAACUAAGUUUUGCUACUAA